GCCACCCGGCUCCCGACUCCAAUUCCUAACACGUGUCUGCCCACCGCGAGUUGUAAUUGCAAACUGUACGAUGUUGCAGCUGUAGGCGAUCGCUGUUCUCAUGUUUUCCGAAGGCUCUGAGGUUCCACAGUUCCACUUCCUCCGGCUUCGGGUCUUCACCACUUCGUCGCACGUGACCAGCCGUGCUCCGAGAUUGCCUCCGAGCUUCUCUUCCUCUCUCUCGUUCCCUAAAUCUCUCUCAAUCUCUACAAUAUCUCUCUCUCUGCCUCCGAGAUUCUCCGCUUCUCUUUCUCUCUUGGCGGCAAUGUGUGCGCGGCCAAGUAACAUUCCUCUCAGGCUCUGCAACUAACAUUCCUCUCAGCCUCUGCAACUUCAACAAGGUCAAGCUUUUAUUUUGUGACCAAGGUUGUUAGAGCAAUGUUUAUGUUGGUAGUUGAAUUGGGACAAACAUGUUAAGUACUGCCCAUCUUGAUAAUUAUAUUUCAAGGUAUGGCAAUACGAUCUCUCCGCCCUACUCACAGACGAACACCACCUAAGUUCUUUUGUCUCAUUCUGUUGAUAGUUGUGCCUACAUGUAUAUUUGGAAUCUACACAAAUUACCCAAAAAUUUCGUACUUCUUUAGGCCACUUUGGGACAAGCCCCCAACCCCUUUCAUACGCCUGCCACACUACUAUGCUGAAAAUGUAACCAUGGACCAUCUUUGCCGCCUUCAUGGCUGGUCCCUACGUGCUGAACCCCGCCGUGUUUUCGAUGGCAUCAUCUUUAGCAAUGAGUUAGACAUGCUCGAUAUUAGGUGGCAUGAGCUUUAUCCAUAUGUCACAAAAUUGGUAAUACUUGAGGCAAAUACCACUUUCACUGGCAUCCCGAAGCCUCUUUUCUUUGCUUCAAAUCGGAGCAGAUUUGCCUUUGCUGAGGAAAAAGUCGUCCACGAUAUCUUUCCUGGCAUAGUUGUACCCCGUGGAUCGCGUACGGACCCCUUUGAACUUGAGAAAAAGCAACGUAUAGCUAUGAAUGCUUUACUUCGGCAUGCGGGGAUUUCCUAUGGUGAUGUACUGAUAAUGUCAGAUACUGAUGAGAUCCCAAGCCCACAUACUGUGAAAUUACUGCAAUGGUGUGAUGGGAUUCCAUCUACAAUGCAUCUUGAGCUGAAGCACUACAUGUAUUCAUUUGAGUUCCCAGUGGACUAUAGUAGCUGGCGGGCUACAUCCCACAUCUACGGACCACGUACCUUUUAUCAGCACUCUCGACAAACAAAUUAUUUAUUUUCUGAUGCAGGAUGGCAUUGUAGUUUUUGCUUUCGGCAUAUUGAAGACUUUGUGUUUAAGAUGACUGCUUAUAGCCAUGCGGACCGUGUGAAGCGGAGAGAGUUUCUGAAUUAUGCAAGAAUUCAAAAGCUCAUUUGUCGAGGAGAUGAUCUUUUUGAUAUGUUACCUGAAGAGUACUCAUUCAAGGAGUUGAUUAAGAAGAUGGGACCAAUACCUCGUUCGACUUCUGCAGUUCAUCUUCCUGCUUACUUGAUAAAGAAUGUAGACAAGUUUAGGUUCCUUCUCCCCGGAGGCUGUAUAAGGCCACAGGAUUGAAGGUUUUGUAGGUAAGGAAAGCAAUUUUUGCUGAUUUUAGCUUUUGAUGUGCACAGGAAACUAGCUAGCUAGUAUUACAAUAGUGGUGGCCUAUGAAAGCUGAGAAAGAUUUAUGGUGAUCCAAAACGAAAUAUGACUUAGAAAAAUUGAGAAUGUUUUCACUUUCCAAACGAACGAAUCAAAUCCACACUGAACUACUGAAUUGAUGGGAAAUCGAAUAUUUCCUUUUUAUCCA